AUACUAUGGACAGCGUUAUCGAUAGCUUUAGGUGUAGAAAUAAGAGGCGAAUACAUCAGGGGAGUUCCUUGUAUAAUCAAGAACCAACAACUUUACUGUCCAACGGCUGGAACUUCCUAUCCAAAAGAUCGGAUAGAACUGUUCAUCGACGAAAACAAAGCGCUGAUGAAACGAAUGUACGGGGAGUUCGACAUGCCGGACUACGACUCCAGGUACGGCCCCGGAGUCAAGAAGAAGCGGUCGACGAAGCCCGGAGUUCCCGACGUGAACUUUGAUCCGGGCCCGGAUCCACUGGACUCGACCGAGUCGCUCUUCAACAAGAACCGAAGCCCAAGGCAGAACUUUAGGAACAAUCAGAGUUCAGAGAGUGGAAG